AUGCUGAAGGCUGCGACGAUUCGCGAGUUUGACAGCAACCGUCGCUCCAGGCGAGCUCCCACCCGAGGUCGCCACGAAAAAUCACCCAGCGGCACUCCGACUGCAGCAGCAGUGGCAAAAGAAAAAACUGCGAGGUCGAAGGGUUUCGAAGCGGCGAAGGAACGUGGUCACGCUGGUCAAACCCAUCAUACACAUGGUCAUCAUGUCCAUCACCAUCAUUCCCAAUACAAACCAAAAUGGGCCACUAGGGUAACUCCGUUAACGCAAGAGGAGAAGGACGAACUGGAGGUGGCGAAGACUCCAGGCCUGCUCGCACCCAUGACCAUCUCAGUCAGGCAAAUGCCCGACAAUCCCGAGGAGUUUGAGAACCUCGGCUCCAUGCGCACACGCUACUCCCCCGCGCUCGUCUACAACCUUCUCAGAAACUUCGAGGACGCUCCACGUGUAUAUAAGAACAUCGCCCACUGUGACGUGGACCCACUGGAAGAGCCUGGCACCUUUAGAGUCACACAGCACAUCAAGUGGCGGUUCCUGUUUCUUUCCGGCACAUUCGCCACCACACUCAUCUGCCAGCGGGACGAUGCUACCAGAUCAGUCAACUUCAAGCUAGCUGAGCCUGGCUUUAUGAAGGCGUUCAAAGGAGGCUGGACUAUUCACGAGCUGAGCCCUCCCAAGCCGCUGCCCCUUGCAUCUCCGUCCACCCCACCGUCCAAGGUAGCCCUGAAGGUCAGUUUCUUUAAAUCGCUGGCUGCAGCACUCCCAGUUGCAGCUGCCUCCGCAGCUGAAGCAGAAGCACCUCCUGGGGCUGCUGAAGGAGCAGCAAGUGCGCCGCUUGCAGGGAAGACCCAGGCGCGCCUCAGCUCCGCGCAGAGCGAGCUCGCGGGACUUUCGCAAGGCCUCGCGAAUAUGUCGCUUUCUCGUUCGUCCGCACAACCUGCCGUUAGCCGCGUCGUCACGCCAGUCGCAAAACGAGUGUGCGACCUGACGGGCAAGAGGCGCAACAAUGGGUACUCAGUUUCCUUCUCAAACCACCGCACCAAGAAGGUGCAGCAGCCGAACCUGCAGUACAAGCGCGUGUGGUGGGAGGAGGGGCAGCGGUACGUGCGCCUCAAGCUGAGCACCAAGGCGAUUAAGACACUUGAGUGGAAGGGGCUCGAUAAGAUGGCCAAGGAGGCUGGCAUUGACCUUAGCAAGUUUUGA